AUGGAGAUUCAUCAUCAAGGUAAAAAACCAAUAAUCGAAUUACCAUAUGCUCAUAAAGCAAUUGUUAUAUCUUCAUGUGCUUUCUUAAUAUUAGCAUGUAUUUUGGCAGGCAUUCUUUGUAUAAAAGCUUGUCUAAUGCAAAAAGCUGAUGAUGAUUUAAGAGCAUCCACAAGAAACCUUCCCUCAAGCGAAGAUGAUGAUAUUGAAAAUGCAAAAGAAACUGACAAUUUACGGAGAACGAUUAAUUCUGUGAAAAUAGCGAAAUUAUAA